AUGCACACAAUACAGAAUGAUUUCCUGCUUACUACUUCUAUGGACAAAACUGUGCGCCUCUGGCAUGUUACGCGGGAUGAAUGUCUAUGUUGUUUCAAACACGGAGAUUUCGUCACAUCUAUCGAAUUUCACCCCCGUGAUGAUCGCUUUUUCCUGGCUGGCUCUUUGGACUGCAAGCUACGGUUAUGGAGCAUCCCCGACAAGGCCAUUGCGUAUAGCGUGACCAUCCCUGAUAUGAUUACAGCAGUAGCCUUCACUCCAGACGGGAAAUUCUCGUUAGCGGGGUCCCUCAAUGGGCUUUGUACAAUCUAUGAGACUGAUGGAUUGAAGCCGUUAUCACAACUCCACGUUCGGUCUGCUCGUGGAAAAAAUGCCAAAGGGAGCAAGAUCACGGGUAUAGAUACAAUUGUCCAACCGCCCACUAACGAACAUGGUUCUGUGAAACUCCUUAUUACUAGUAAUGACUCUCGAAUACGCCUUUAUGACUUCAAAGACAAGACGUUGGAAGCCAAAUUGCGUGGAAACGAGAAUGCGUCCAGCCAGAUUCGUGCGAGCUUUAGCAGUGACGGGAAGUAUGCCAUCUGUGGAAGCGAGGAUGGUCGAGUUUACAUUUGGCCCCUGGAUUCAACUGAGAAAUACCCCGACAAAAGGCCGAUUGAAUUUUUCGACGCUCAUAACUCAACCGUGACUAUUGCUGUCAUGGCACCUACCGUUAGCAAAAUGCUACUGGGAUCUACCGGUGACUUACUAUAUGACCUAUGUAACCCCCCUCCGGUUACCUUGGUCAGCGCUACGGCGUCAGUUAUCUCGAGGGAUCAGACACGCAACGAUGAGGAACCUGUACCACCGCGGACACCGCAAUCCCUUCAACCGCCCAGCCAGCAGAAGGCGGAGGAAUCCCCGGCAUACGUUGCACGGUCUGCACAUCCUGGUGGCAACAUCAUUGUGACUGCUGAUUAUCUUGGAAAGAUCAAGAUUUUCCGGCAAGAUUGUGGCUAUCACAAACGUCGACAUGAACUCUGGGAGACGAAUUCGACUUUCUCUAGGAAACUUUUAGGUCGCACAAACUCAGUAUCUACACGGCACAGUGUAGCGUCUUCAAUUGGAAGGGAAUCGAAAACCCCUUCGGAGAGAAUCUUAUCGUGGCGUAACUCUGUGAUUGGCGGCCCUGACAAUCGCAGCGUUGAUAACCUCCGCGGAACGCCUGAACCUGCCGGACGCAGCGGUUCUCCUUCCAAACCACGUAAGGACAGCCCCUUCGUGGACACAAAUAAGCCCGCCACUCCCAACUCAACAAGUUCGCAACGGUUUGGUGCUACAACCUUCUUCCACCAUAAUAACCAGCCCACACCGCCCCCUAGGUUCCUCAGCACCGUUAACUCCGAAGAAUCCACCCCAUUUGGGCCCAAUGAUGAAACGCCUCGGCCGUUUGGGCAUAACUCAGACAAGGAGGACCCAAGCUAUAUAUCAUGGAAUAAGGCGCAAGCCGACACACAGCAUGACCCUGCACAGGACGCGUAUGGCGGUAAGAGUGCACUGGCUAGUAACGGCGCCACAGGCCAUGAUAAUGUCGAGUAUGAAGAAGAAUUGGAAUGCUCUCAGUGCCAGGGCACAAAUUUUAGAGCCACCCGCCUUAAAAAUGGGGAACAGAGGUUGAUAUGCACACGAUGUGGUUGUGCUGCCUUAUAA